CGUGGCCGCCACCACGAUGCAACCGACCGUCGUCGCCGACAAGGCCAAGCGGUAUGCGGCCUUAAAGCAGCUCUACGACGCCCUGCAGGAGGAUCACGUCGACCUCGCACGGCGAUACACUGCCGUCAAGCAAAAGAUCACCCACAUCUCGAGCGAAAACGAGUACUUAGUUGACGAACUGUGUCGAUACACCGAGAGCGACUUUGAUUCCGAUUCCGACGAUGGGAACUCGACCAAACAGACGUUCUUCACGGCAGACAUGAAAGUCGAAAAGGUUGGAGCCAUCGAUGGAGCUUUGAAUGACACACGAAGUGCCCCUGCAGUCGUGAAAGUCGAGUCGAAGGACUACCAAGGCGACGCCUGACGACUGCAUCUGCAUCGUGGACGUCUGCUACAUUCCACCGACUAGUGUAUAUAUGGUAUCUAUAAACAUCAGCUACGAGCGACUCUUGUGUGUGUCCAUGGAGCAUGCAGAUGAGAGCAUUCCAGCAGAAAGUGGCCGAGUCUACGAGAAUAACCUCCUUCGAUUCGCUAGUAGAGCUCAUCGCUUCG